GAAUUUGAAACGGCGGUGCAACAGUGCAACGGAAUUAUAUAUAAAUUUCAUAAAAAACUGCAUUUAUAAAUAUCAAUCGGUGAAGCUUUUUUUUUCUCUAUUGUUGGGAAUUUACUUUGAAAAAGUUAUCUUAUCAAUGGAAAUUUAUUCUUUGAUAUUCGAUCGAUUUGUUGUUCGUUGCUAUUGUUGUGUUAUUUUAAGAAAAUUCGCCUUGUAAAGCGGAAAAAUUGACAUUGAAAUUUUUCGCGAUAUAUUGCUGUGGUCGGCUGAAAAUUAUUUAUUUCGAGAUUUCAUCUGUACCGGUGAACAUCAAGUGACUAAAUAUUGGAACUCAAUAAUAUAUUGCAUUCAAAGUGUGUAUCAUUUGCAACGAUGCACAAGGCAGCUUUAUAUCAACGUUCAAAUGGUUUACAGCGUCGGGAUGCUAAGGAAGUUCUUGAAGAAUUUGCCCACAAUUUCAACUUCCGCUCUGAUGGCACCGACACUUUGAUGGACAUUGGUUGUGGAAGCGGCGACGUUACAAUUGAUUUCAUUCUUCCAUUGCUGCCAUUGAAUUUUAAGCGUUUGGUCGGAAGCGAUCUAUCCGAUCAAAUGAUACGAUACGCGCAAGAAAGUUUCCAACAUCCGAAAAUUGCGUUCCAAAAACUAGACAUCGGUGGCGAUUUGACUGGCUAUUUGGAAACGGUUGAACCGUUCGAUCACAUAACGUCGUUCUACUGCUUGCACUGGGUACAGAAUCAGGAGAAAGCUUUGCAAAAUGUUUUCGAUUUACUGCAACCGGACGGCGAUUGUUUGAUUGCAUUUUUGGCGGCUAAUCCGAUAUUUGAAAUUUACAAACAAAUGUCGCAGACAAUCAGAUGGUCACAGUAUAUGGCUGAUGUUAAUCGCUACAUUUCACCGUAUCAAUAUUCCAUUAAUCCUAUCAAAGAAUUGGAAAAGACAUUGCUGUCGGUGGGCUUUGCCGAUUAUCAAGUGGCUGCCCGUGAUAAAAUGUUUGUUUUCGAUGGACUGGAAAUUUUGAAAAAAUCAGUAAGAGCUGUCAACCCGUUUCUGGAUCGUAUACCGCCAGAGGAACAUGACGACUUUUUAAACGAUUACGUCAGCAUUGUGUCGAAAAUGCAAUUAACCGAACACGAUCAGGAGAACGGCGACUGCAAAUUCCGGACACCGUAUAAAUUGCUGAUUGUCUAUGCGAGAAAAUAAUUUUCGAUUUUUUUGGAUUUAUUUCUUUUAACAUUGUACCUCAGAGUAGCCUUUUAGUGAUGGGAUGAUGAUCUAAACAUUUUCAGAUUUUAGAUAAUAAAAAGUGAAUUUAUUUAUUG